GCGGCUCCGCCCGGCGCCGCUCGCCCUCCGCGGGGGCGGCCAGAGCCGGGCGGUGCGGGCCAGCACGCACCGCUCCGCACCGCUCCGCACCGCUCCGCACCGCUCCGCAGCCAUGGCCCCGCGCUCAGCCGCCGCCCGCCGCCGCACCGCGCUGGCAGCGCUCCUGGGUUUGCAUGUCGUUGCCAUCGCCUUUGCCUUGGAGGUGUCAGUGGGGAAGACCAACACUGUGAUGGCUCUAAAUAACUCCGAUGUCCUGCUGCCCUGCACCUUCACCACCUGCAUAGGCUUUCACAACCUGAUCUUCACGUGGUAUUUCAACUCGACAGAGAUGAUUUACCAUGGCCAGAUAAAGAACAAAGCCUCAGAGCCCUUCCUCGUGGGGCGCAACCCACGGGUUGAGUUUGUCGGCUCGACGACCAAGAAGGAAAACAACAUCUCCAUCGUCCUGAAGAACGUGGAGUUCAGUGAUGCUGGGAAAUACACCUGCUACGUCAAGAACCCCAAGGAGAAGAACGCGGAGCACAAUGCCACCAUCUUCCUCACGGUGGUCCACAAGAUGGUGGAGACAGACAACACUGUGACGCUCAUCAUCGUGGGCGUUGUGGGGGGGCUCAUCGGCCUCCUCAUCCUCUUCAUGCUCAUCAAGAGGGUUGUCCUGUUCAUCAUCAAGAAGACCCAGGAUGGGAAGAAGGAGUGUCUCGUGAGUUCAUCAGGGAAUGACAACACCGAGAACGGCUUGGCUGGCUCCAAGGCAGAACAAAAAGCACCACCAAAGGCAUGAAGCAGCGGCGCCCCGAGCCCCAGCCCACGCAGCAGUGGGGAGAGCGGGCAGGGGGACAAGCCUUUCCCUUUUGUUUUCUUUCCAAACUGCCAAUGCUUGAGACGUGUUUCUAUUACACACGUGCCUGCAACCUGCACUGCUUCUCGGAAAAGACUUUGGCUGCCACGGGGACUGGGAGCUUCUUGCGGACUUGGAUUGGGAUGCCGCCAGGAUGGAGGGUGCCGCUUGCUCUGCUCUGACUGAAGGCAAGAGGGUGCUGGGCAGGCAGAAAGGGGCUGGGUGCUGGGGUGUACCCUGGUCUGUGGCUGGGCAGGCGCUGCGCCACGUACGCUGCGCUCCCAGGGGUGUGGGAGGAUGGGCUGCCGGGGAUGCCGGUGAGCCUGGCGGGGUAGAGGCUGCGAGGAGCUUGGGGCAUCUUGUCUGACUCCGGCGAUGCUGAGCUGGGGCGGGCAGGAGCUGCCUGCCUCAUACAGAAGGUUUCUGGAGCAGAGCAAGCGUGCACGAAACCUGCCGCAGAGCCAGAGGCUCCUGCCUGCGCUGCAUGUCUCACGGGUUCGGCACAGGAGGGAGGGUGGGAGUGGGGCGGUGGUGAGGGGGCUUGGCUUCAGCUCUCCGGUUAAGCACACUUGAGAACCAAAUUGGUGCAAGGCCCGUUGCUGUCAGGGCUGUCAUCUCUUCCCAGCAGGGGCUGGGUGCAACGCUGCCGUGGUGCAGCCUGACCCCGAGGUGCUUCGGUCCCUCCUGUGGCAGGGCUGGGGGUGCCCCAGUGUCACUGCUGGCCCAUGGUGGGGUAGCCUCCACCUGUCACACUCGUUCUGCCCCUGCACAGGGCCAUCCCCCGGGGGGGCAGCGGGGGGCUUCUCCCCCAGCCAGCCUGCUGCAGAGGUGCUCCCAGGGUUUGUGCUGCUGCUCUUGCUCCUCCUCCCCUCUUUUUAAAGCUCGGCACUCAGAGCAGCGAUGCUUUCGAUGCUGACUCGCCACGGCUUAACUCGUUACGCGGAUAUUUUUUAUAUGAGACUCCAGUGGGAAAACAGCUGAGUGCGUUUCCCUUUCACCUGAGGAAAACUGUGGCACUCCAUCCGCGAUGCAGGGAGGGAGUACGGUCAAGCCCUGGCGAGGGGAGCUGGGCCAGGGCUGCACCAGCCUGCUCCUGGGUCUGCCACCGGCCCGCUGGGUGACCUUGGGCAAGUCGCUCUGCCUCUCCAUGCCUCAGUUUCCCCAUCUGUAAAAUGGGGAUAAUAAUACUGCUCUACCUCACAGGGGUUGUUGUGAGGCUUCCUUGGCUAACAUUUGUAAAGUGCUUGGAGAUCCCCGGAUGAGGGGUGCCACAGAAAGCCAGAGGCUCUUUUCAAAGGGUACUCGCAGUGGGGACUCAGGCAACCCAGCCCCCUUCCCAAGGGCUGUAGCAGGACGUGAGACGUGAAGGGAGUGAGCUGAUCCUACAACUGCAGUUGACAACGUCCUUUACAACAUGAUUUGUUCCCUAUUUCUCUUUUAUUUGUGGGUGUCUGUCAGUGGGGCCCCUGUCCCCACUCGAAAUCGGGAAUCAAAGCUGAGCCGUGACUCCCCAGCUGCAGGGGCUUGCACCCCGACAGCGGUGCUGGGGUGGAGGGCAGGCGAGGAUUCGGUGGGUGAGGUGGGCAAGGAAAGGUGAGGUGCUGCCUCCUCUGGAGACUGUUGUGGGAGAGGUCACACCCCGCCUGCCAGCUCGUGGGGAUGGACGGUGGUCCGGAGGGCACCUUGCAUCCUCCGUCCGGGUGCAGGGCUGGCUGGCACCCGCCGGAGCGGGGCUGUGCCUUGGGGACAGGAGGCAGCUACAGGCAGGUUUCCUCGGCUGCUGGUUAGGCGAGCCGGUGGGAGUCAGGUCCACAGCAUCUCGGUCCCCUCUCUGAGGAUCUGUGGGACCCUCAGACAAAUCUCUGUGCUUCAGUUUCUCCAUCUGUAAAUUGGGGACAGUAAAUCUGACCUACCUCACAGGAGGUGUGAGGCUCCCUGCAUCGCUUUGCAAAGUGCUCCAAGAUCCUGGGGCGAAAGGAACUCUGUAAAUGCAAAGUAUCGUUAACAUACCAUUGUCAUCAGGAGAGUGGGUGGGAAGGCGUGAGACCUCCCAGCUGCCCCAAGAGAACCCCCAGCCCAUCCUUGGAGGAGACCUCCCAUGGGAGAGGACAGUGAAGGGAGGAAGAGAUUUUUUUUAAAGAACUAUUUUUAGCUGUCCUAACCUGUUGGCCUUUUUUAGAUGGUAUCUGGACACGGUUCCACUUACCACAGGAUAUGCAAUGCUGUACUAUGCAUGGAUUACUUCUCUGGCUUGAUGGAAAAAGUCAACAUAAGCAGUUUUUCAAAUGUAAUUCUAUACGCAUAUGUGUGCGGGUGCCGUAUGCAGCGCAGGGGGCUCCAGGGGAGCGGGCUGCCCUGGAAGCUUGUGCCAGCGCCUGCGGGGUCCCUGCUGUCACAAGGGCUUUGGGGGUUCUGCAGAGGCUUUCCAGGGUGUGUGGGGGAGAAGGCCCUGCCGGAGGCGUGUGCUGUGCCACGCACGUAUGUGUAUAAGCGUAUAUAAAUACAUGUAGGAGAUACCUGCAAAUAGACACAGGAUGUGUACAACAUGCUGUGCGAUGACUUACAGCACAUUUUUGCACUGUAGAGGUUUAGUUAGCUUUGCCUUGAAUGAAAUAAAGUUUAUGUUUACUAGAGAAA